UCAAACCAAUGUACGACAGUUUUGUCACUGCACUGUGACCAAGUUUGAGUAAGAGAGUCAUCUUCUCAGCUUGUUGGAGUAGUAGAAGGUGUGGGUGGUGUACACCGAGCGAACGUAGAAAUUAUAGCUGUGCUGUGGAGAUUUGGACUGUUACUUCGUUGAUCAGAGACUAGUCCACCGUCAUCGCCAUCAUCGCCACCGUCACAGCGGCACUAUUGUCGUCCUCGCUAGACCAUGGCGUACGCGCGUGUCUCCCACUACGAUGACCUGUCCGUAAAGAGCGAGCCAGAAGACUCUUCGUCAUCCGCGCCCAUGAGCAAACUCGAGCAACAGGCUGUCCAGGUGCGGCAUGCUCAAACAUCAUGGCAGUCCUACUUCCAAGGUAAGGUGAUCACAGAAGAGGUGUUUCGCUUCAUCUCGGAUUACGAUAAAGCCGACGUUGAGCGACGCACACAGCUUGUUGCCACACACGGUGUGCAGGCGGUGAAGGCUCUGCUGCAGAUCCUGCAGUCAAUCUCCAAGGAGCAAGUCUUGCAGUAUGUGCUGGUGCUUAUCGACGAUCUCAUUCAGAAUGACCCAACGAGCAUCCGCUUCUUCCACCAGUAUGCCGAACAAUCUGGUAUGCCCGUGUACAGUAGCUUCAUCAAGCUCAUGAACAGACCGGAUCACUUCAUUGUCCAGAUGUCGAGUCGUCUUGUAUCGUUCUUGGUGCUGCACUCUCGUCACCUGAUGUCGGCUGAGGACCAGCGCUGGUACCUGCAUUGGGUUGUGCAGCAGCUUACUACACCGAACAACGUCUAUGUGACGUGCGUAGCUAGUGCACUGCAGAGGUUGAUGCGUGUCGAGGCAUACCGUCUUGGAUACAUGCGUGUGCACGGAAUCAAGCCGUUGCUGGAUGUGCUGGCCAGUCGGAAUACUGGCUUUCAGAUGCAGUACCAGCUGAUCUUCUGCUUGUGGCUGAUGGCCUACAGCUCCACCGUGGCCACUGCGGUCAUCGAGCUCAACGCUAUCCCAGUUCUUGCCGAUGCCCUCAAGGGAUCCGGAAAGGAGAAGGUCACGAGAAUCAUUCUGGCCGCGCUGCGCAACCUGCUGGAGAAGCCCGCUGAUAAGCAGGUAGUUCACGUCGCCGCCACCGCUAUGAUCUCAUGCAAAGUGCCAACCGUGAUUGCUGUGUUGGCUAACAAGCAGUGGCAGGAUGAGGAUAUUCGGGAUGACGUAGAGAGCCUGCAGGAGAAACUCGAGGAGUACCUUCUCGAUCUUAGUUCAUUUGAUGAGUACCUGUCUGAGGUCCGCUCUGGACGUCUUCAGUGGACCCCCGUGCACAAAUCUGACAAGUUCUGGAGAGAAAAUGCUCAGCGACUGAAUGAGAAGAAUCACGAAGUGCUGAAGAUCCUGACUCAGUUGCUGCAGGAGUCACAAGACAGCACCGUGCUGCAGGUCGCAGCGCACGACUUUGGCGAGUAUGUGCGACACUACCCGAGAGGAAAGAAGGUACUGGACAGUCUGGGUGGCAAGCAGCUUAUCAUGGGACUGAUGAAUCACGCUGAUGGGCAAGUGCGCUACGAAGCUCUUGUAGCCGUGCAGAAGAUGAUGGUACAGAACUGGGAGUUCCUCGGUCGCCAGUUGAAGACAGACUAGACCCUGGCAACACCGUACGUAGUAGUGGCAAAUGUUUCGCUUUCUUCCCGGCAUUGUUGCUCGCUUGCUCUUUGGCCGGCAAUAGUAGUUACAGGCUGGCUGUGUCCGCCUUGAAAAUUUGGAAACUUUCAUCAACACCCCACCCCCUCCAUCUCUCUCUCUCUCUCUCUCUCUCUCUCUCUCUCUCUCUCUCUCUCUCUCUCUCUCUCUCUCUCUCUCUCUCUCUCUCUCUCUUCCUCUCUCUCUUUAUUUCUCCAGCCUCCAUAGCCUCUCUAGCCCAUUAGGUGUUUUUUUUUUACAGAUUCGACUACACAUGUAAAUUGCGCAUAUGGAACUUUUUAUACGCAUUGAAUUCAUUGUUCUUUUUCUUUUUUUUGCUGAUAAUUAAAUUUGUACAAAGCGCUAUAUUUAUGUAUCGUAUUUGUCACGAUUACUUUUAUAUUUUUUGUUCUGGUGUGUUCCGCUGUGUGUAUGUAUGCGUGGGAUUUGUCUCUUGCUCACCAAGACGAGUAGACCUGGAAAGAUCUGUUAAUACCCAUA